AUGCUUCUCAGCGCCUGUGGCUCCUGGGCAUACGGCGGCGAGCGGGCCCGGAGAGAUGCGGCCGAUGAUUUCCAAACCAGCUGCGACUCCAUUGCCUCAACGCUACAAAUCGACAAUGCAACCGUCUACUUCUCGCAAUUCGUGAGCGCUGGCACGAAUCUCAGCAUACCAGACUACAAUGUAACAUGUGGCGCACCAUCGCAGGUCGUCCCUUCGGACAUAUGCCGCGUCGCGCUGUAUGUCGCAACCUCGAAUAGUUCGGGGAUCAACAUGGAAGCUUGGUUACCGGCAAACUGGACUGGAAGGUUCUUGAGUACAGGGAAUGGAGGUCUCGCCGGGUGCAUUGGCUACAAUGACAUGGCGUAUACUACGAGCUUGGGUUUUGCGAGCGUGGGAGCGAAUAACGGCCAUAAUGGGACGAGCGGCGGUGCUUUCUAUAAUAGUCCUGAGGUCGUGGAAGAUUUUGCGUAUCGCUCUGUCCACACCGGCGUCGUAGUUGGCAAACAGAUAACCGAAACAUUCUAUGGAGAAGCGCACAAUAAGUCCUACUACCUAGGCUGUUCUACCGGCGGGCGUCAAGGUUUCAAGUCCGCGCAAGACUUCCCGGAGGAUUUCGAUGGUAUCGUGGCGGGCGCACCAGCUUUCGCGUUCAACAACCUCACUUCCUGGAGUGGGCAUUUCUAUCCGAUCACGGGUUCCGCCAACUCCUCUACUUUCGUCCCGCAAAGCAUGUGGACCGUCAUACACGAGGAUAUCAUGAAGCAAUGUGAUACCAUCGAUGGGUACGCGGACGGGAUCAUCGAGGCUGCUUCGCUUUGCAAUUACACUUCUUCGGGCCUGAUCUGCGGCAACGGAGCAAACUCAACAGCUUGCCUGACUCCAACCCAAGCGGACACAGUCCAGAAGAUUUUCUCCCCUCUUCUCGCACAAGACGGCUCCCUAAUAUACCCACGAAUGCAGCCCGGCUCCGAGAUCGUAGCCUCCUUUCUCCUCUACUCCGGUCAGCCCUUCCCGUAUACAACCGACUGGUUCCGCUACGCCAUUUAUAACGACCUUUCCUGGGAUCCUACAAAGAUCAACACAAGCGACUACGCCACCGCAGCGCGCGUCAACCCCUUCAAUAUUGAAACAUGGAAAGGAGACCUCAGCGCCGUGCAAGCUCGCGGCACGAAGAUCCUCCACUACCACGGGCAAAUGGACGGCAUCAUCAGCUCUGAGAACUCGCCUCGAUACUACGAGCACGUCUCUGCUACCAUGGGUCUCAGCCCGGCAGAACUUGACUCUUUCUACCGCUUCUUCCGCAUCAGCGGGACAGGGCAUUGCACCGGCGGGGACGGCGCGCACGUUAUUGGGCAGGGUAGGACCUCAGUAGAGAGUGUGGACCCGAGCGAGAACGUGCUUAUGGCGAUGGUGAAUUGGGUGGAGAGCGAUGUUGCGCCAGAGACCAUUGUGGGCACUCGGUGGGUAAAUGAUACUCAGAGUGCUGGGGUGGAUUAUAAGAGAGCGCAUUGUAAGUAUCCGAAGAGGAACAUGUAUAAGGGAGAGGGCGAUCCGAAGGAGAUAGAGAGCUGGGAGUGCGUGUAA